GCCCAUCCGGUGUCACGUGGUGCCGCAGGGGCUGUCGGGAAGGGGCGGCCUUUCCGCUCUCGGCGCGGUGGCGGCACCACGCGGCGCGGCCAUGGCGGACGGGGACGGUUCUUCCGUGAAGAAGCGGCGGAAGAAGGACAAGCGAUCGCUGCCCGACGAGGAUGUGGCGGACAUCCAGCACACCGAGGAGUUCCUCAUCAAGCCCGAGUCCCGCGUGGCGCAGCUGGACACGUCCCAGUGGCCGCUGCUGCUGAAGAACUUUGACAAGCUAAACGUGCUGACAACACACUACACACCCCUCCCCUCCGGUGCUAAUCCCUUGAAGAGGGAGAUCUCUGACUAUGUACGGUCUGGCUUCAUCAACCUGGACAAGCCUUCCAAUCCAUCUUCCCAUGAGGUGGUGGCGUGGAUCCGACGCAUCCUUCGAGUAGAGAAGACAGGGCACAGUGGCACCCUGGACCCUAAGGUGACUGGAUGCCUCAUUGUGUGCAUUGAGAGGGCGACACGGCUUGUCAAGUCUCAGCAGAGUGCAGGCAAAGAGUAUGUGGGAAUUGUUCGGCUGCACAAUGCAAUUGAAAGUGAGGCUCAGCUUGCCAGGGCAAUAGAAACUCUGACAGGAGCACUCUUCCAGCGACCGCCCCUCAUCGCUGCUGUUAAGCGACAGCUGAGAGUCAGAACCAUCUAUGAGAGCAAGCUGGUGGAGUAUGAUCCUGAGAGAAGAUUAGGUAUCUUCUGGGUGAGCUGUGAAGCAGGCACCUACAUCCGAACGCUUUGUGUCCACCUUGGUUUGCUGCUUGGUGUUGGGGGCCAAAUGCAGGAGCUCCGCAGAGUGCGGUCAGGCAUCCUGGGAGAGAUGGACAACAUGGUGACCAUGCACGACGUGCUGGAUGCACAGUGGCAGUAUGACAACAACAAGGAUGACAGCUACCUGCGGCGUGUCAUCCUGCCCCUGGAGAAGCUGCUCACCUCACACAAGCGGCUCGUCAUGAAAGACAGUGCGGUUAAUGCCAUUUGCUAUGGAGCCAAGAUCAUGCUGCCUGGUGUCCUGAGGUAUGAAGAUGGUAUUGAGCUUAAUCAGGAGAUUGUAGUCAUCACCACAAAAGGAGAAGCUAUCUGCCUAGCCAUUGCCUUGAUGACCACUGCUGUCAUUUCUACCUGCGACCAUGGCGUGGUAGCAAAGAUUAAGAGAGUAAUCAUGGAGAGAGACACAUAUCCCCGCAAAUGGGGCCUCGGUCCCAAGGCCAGUCAGAAGAAGAUGAUGAUCCAGAAGGGCCUGCUGGACAAACAUGGAAAGCCCAAUGAGUGCACACCAGAUUCCUGGAAGAAGGAGUACGUGGAUUACAGGGAGUCGUCCAAGAAAGAGGCAGCUAAAGCUCCCCAGGCUGUGUCAGAAGUGGAAAGGGCUCCAAAAAGAAAGCGAGAGUCAGAGAGUGAAAAUGAGGCUGCCAGCCCACCACCAUCCCCAGCCACUCCACCACCAGAGGAGCUGAGCAAAAAGGAGAAGAAAAAGAAGAAGAAAGAAAAGAAAGCCAAAGAAGCAUCUGAGAGUGGGGAAGAACAAAUAGAAGUGAUCAGUGAAACCAGCACCAAGAAGAAGAAAAAGAAGAAGAAACAGAAGGAGGUAGAAGAGAGCUCAGAGUAAGCAACUGGAUCUGUCCAAAGCAGGCGACCUCAUCAUUAGAGAGGGAGAAGUCUGAGGCAUUGAAAAAGAGGACUGCCUGUGCAGCUGAGGGGCCAGCAAGUUCCAAGUUCCUUUUCUGCUGUGCAUAUGAGUGAGAAGUUGUUUGCCCAGGACAUGCCCUGCUCCAGUACCCCUCCUCAUCCUGUUUUAAGGGUAGCCAGAGGAGAGUGGUGCCUGACUGCCCCUGCACUGAAUUGCUCUGUAAAGCUGGACACCUCAAUGCCAAUUGAAGUGGUAUCUUCAGGGAAGAUGCAGCUCCUUGCUUUUGGGGGUUUGUUUUCACCGUGAAAGAGAGGAAUAACACUUUCCCUUCUCUUCUCCUGCCUUUUCCUUCUCUUCCAAGGUCGAAACUGUUACCCGACAGUUACAGAAUGUGUUUGUGUCUGGAGGACUGGCUUAGCCAUGGCCCAUCUGGAAGGGUUUGGCACCUCUGCAGACAGCUGAAUCGGUUAUUUGAGGGGCUGUGGUUGAUUUUAACCUCGGUGUAUACUUGGCCUGACCCUCAGCUAGUUGAGAACAAAUGUCCAUUCUUUGGUACCUCUUUUCAACUUUAUCAUAAAAGGAUUAGAACAUGAAA